UGUAGAACAAGAUCUCUAGUACGGGCGUAACAUCCUCGUGUUCGGGUCAUCGAUCCCAACGUACCUCGCGCGUCAAACCACGCUAUUGUCGAUCCGAGCCGCACCAUCGGAUGAUCGUGCCAUCUACUCAACAUGCUGCAACUUCUUUCAAGGAACACUUCUGCUCACGAGUGAGUUGUGAAAUCAGCAGGAUGCAGCUGUAGUUCUCAGUGUCCUCUCUGCUAGGAGGACAAAAACACAACAAAAAAUGGUCGUUGCUUCUGCGUACUUGGAAGUGCUGCUGGAUAAUGCAGUCUCACAACUACCAACCGGCAAAUUGUCGGGACCUCGUUGCAGAGGUCCUGGCGGACAUCAUCAUUUUACGACCUUCGCCAACGACGACUCAGAAGAACAAUCAGGAGAACAAGGUACAGAUGAGAGAGAUGCUGGUGGGGCCGACGCCGGUGCCCCAGCAAAGUCUUCGUGGACAGACAUCCAGAAGAGAUGGGAGGACUACUUCAAGAAACACGAAGAAGGAGAUGGGGAAGGAGAGUCAGGAGGUGCUGGUCGUGCUGGCGAGGCGAAUGUUAUGUUCUUAUAAUAAGAAACAGGAGAAAGGUGUGGUCGCUUCUUGGCCAUCUCCAUCAUCUUCACACAAAUGAUACUAGAAUUAGACUUGGAGUUACGUCAUCAAUAACAUUUUCCAUUUCUAAUUCUCACGACGGUGAAGCCGCAGAUGACGGAGAAGAAUCAGCAGAGCAGGGCGACUCCACAUCUUCUUUCUCCGCCGUUCGUGCAGAAAUAGCAAGACUUGGAGCUCCUGGGGAACCCGGAGAGUGCAGAUCAGCAACUAUUCCGAACGACUACAUCAAAACCCUGAAGCCUGGAGAAGAUUUCGUCAUCUUCCGUAUUCCAACGGGAAUCAAUAAUGAAAGGGAGUUCGCGGAGAAUAGCAAGUUGAUGUUGCUGGAGUUGCAAAGACGAAACAAGACAGUGCCAAAAGUGCCACCAUCUAAAGUCAUUUUCAAAUUGAUGCGGUCUGGCAUGUCUCCGGGACCGACAGAGGAUGGAACUGCAAAUAGCACGGGCGAUGGGGACAAGAGCAGUAGUAGUGGUACAGGCGCAGAUGAAGUCAAGCAUCAUGGCUCAGUCGCAGCUGACCUGAUGAAUCAGAAGAAAUGCAGCAAGUUUGAAGACGAGACGAAAUGCGAAGAGGGUAAUCCAGCAAGGGGGUAUCACAAGACGAAGAAACAGGGUGAGGACACUAGUGAUGAUGGCACUACUCGAAAUGAAGAGGAAAGUGGCACUUCUGCAUUCGUGGAAAAAGAACCAGAAGAGACUGACGGUAGUGGAAAAAAACCAGACCCUGAUGAAAACAUAAUGGAAGCUGGAGGCCAAGCAAAUGAAGAUGCGCAACCACGACCAUCAGAAGAUGAAAUAGAGAAAGAUGAAGACCAAGCAAAUGAAGAUGCGCAACCAUCAUCAGAAGCUGGAGACCAACCUCCAAGUCCAAGUCCAACGGGAGAUCCUCAAGCUCAAGCAGAAGGAGGAAUAGAAGGGGGAGAAGAUACAACUGCUCCACCUGAAAAUGAGUCGGCUGCUAACAAGGAAGCUGGAGGUCAACCAACGGCAAGGGAAGAGGCACCAUCACAAGCGGAAAAAGAAGGUGCAGCAGCUGCCGGCAAAGAGGGUGAAACUGCGACAACUCGUCCUGAGAAGCAAGAGGACGAUACUUCAAAACCACAAGGACACGCAGCUAAGAAAGUAGAACAACCGUCCUCUUCAUCAUCCUCUUGUGAGUACCACGAUAGUGCAGAACAAAAGUGUUUACCCGCGAUCCCUACUUUCAAACAGGUUCUGCAGAACAAAUUCCAUGUCAAAGUAGUUUCGUCGAAUGGGAGGACAGCCGCAGAUGCAGCUGGUGGGGCUGAGGAGAGUAAAGGCGAAGAUGCUCCGGAUGCUUCAGAGCAAAGUAGUGCAGAUUCCACAGAACCUCUCGAUUUUGCUGCUCUCGCCAAGAAAGCUGGAGUCGAUGCAUCACUAUCAGUGGAACCUCCGAGUAAUGCCAACGAUCCAAGAUUCGUAGAAUACGAAGACAAUCCUAUCCGCAUGGUCAAGGUUUACACUAGUCGACCGAGUCAAUUGCCUGAAGUACCUUUGUACUAUGAGGACGAGGGAGGAGAAGCAGGUGCGGGGGCUGAGGAGAGUAGAGGCGAAGAAGAAGCUUCCUCAUCUGGUACGGAUACCACAGUACUGGGCGGGAAAGGGUCAUCAUCCUCUGAAUCUAAUGCUUCAUCUGCGGCCUCUAAGAGAGUAAAAACCCUCUACGACUACAUGAAACAAGCUGCCCCAGAGGGCGAUGAAGGUGAUGUGUGGUGGCAAAACAACUCUUUAGUCAUUGCUUUCCGACGCUCUGCACUGGAAACACAGUUGGAGAUUCCUAAAGACAUCAAAGAAAAACUUUCCAAAUACUUGCCUAGUACAACUGCAUCACCUCAUCUGUGGACUGGACGAGCAAAACCGAUCGUCUUAGGACUUUCCGAGAAAGCAUACGAUAAUUUCAAGUUGGGUGCAGGCCAAAACAGCGAUGACCGAAUAGGAGAAGGACCGGGAAACGCUGUACGUACCUGGUGGUCGGGAGAUACUGAGCACGUCGGUUUCGUGGAACCAGAGCAAUUGGUGGCGCCGGUGAAGGCUAAGGGAGGAAAGGAAGUUAUGUUGAAAGCCUUUGUAUAUUACGUCUUCCUAGUACAACUCUUAGUCUUACGGUGGUCGUUAAGUCCGACGUGUUGAUAAUCUUGUAAGUCACUACAAAAGAUGGUUCCCCCCCGGCUGCUGCAGCGUUUGUGGAUUAAUAGAAUAGUGAUCCCAAUCCUUACAUUUUUGUAUCUCUGCUAGAAAUUCCAGUAAGUACCAGUUGAUGUACUGCAACUACUACUAGACAGUUGUCCUCCACAGCUAGGCAGUUGUCGUCCAUAAAAAUCUCAAGUAUUAGACGACGUCCCACACCGCCUCUCCCACCUCCAUUUUCUCUUCAUAAUAACUUUUUCAGGGAUUAUCCACCCUUUGGACGACCCGGUGCGUGGCGUAAAGUACACUAGGAUAACGAUAAAUGGAGAAGGAGAUGCAAAAGACUCGCUGGACGUGGUGGCAGGGGAGGAAGCUAGACCCAGAGCAGAUGGCGGUGAAGGAGAUGAUGGUGAUAUUAAAGGUAGUGAAGAAGGUGGCGGUGAAGGAGAUGAUGGUGAUAUUAAAGGUAGUGAAGAAGGAGAUGAUGGUGAUAUUAAAGGUAGUGAAGAAGGUGAAGGACGACAAGGAAAAGCCCCUCCAAUAAAUUUCUCAGUCGAUUCGGUGAAGGAUGCACUGAGGAAUUUGUUCAGUCGUGUUCUGAAAGCAUCCACUCGUGCUGCAGCUGGAGAAGGAGAGUUAAUUAAGGGUAGGUUAAAGGUGCUUUUCUUACCGCUUUUUAUGCUUCUCCUAAGGGAGAAAGGCAUAACAAGCGGGGUAAGCGAGCACCAAAAACCUACCUCUAAGUUAACUACUGAGGGAGGAGGAGAUGAAGAAGAACCUUCAGGAGAGCAGACAGGAGAUUCGACGGCUGCUGAAAGAACACACGAGCAAUCAUCAACUGGAAGCAACGCUUUGCUACAUCUAGACUCGUUGAAGCCGCAUCAGCUAGUACAUCUCUACAAUGGUUUGCCGCCGAAAGUGCGCUACAACUGUCGUUGCAACCCUAUGGAGCCGUGGAGCUGUUCACGUGUUUUGCGAGAUUUCUUGUGGUUUCCUCAGGUUUAUGGUUGGAGGGUGAAUGUUUUAGCUUUUUGUUAGAAGUUGCAUCACGUCGAACCUCUGGUAACACAACUUCUGUGUACGCUAGUAUUCGUCACAACACGAACACAAAAGGGGAUGUCUAGGAAGGAUCUACGUGAACUUGAAUUAAAUCUACUCUAUCCUGCAACUUCACUCUCUAACCAUGCCAAAGACAGCGCGCACACCCCAAAGAAGUGAUAGCCCUGAAACCUGCUGACCAAAUCGAACGCGAAGCGAAAAUAGUAAUGAAAAAGGAGGAUCGGAUCGCCUGUGGCUUAGACGUUGCACCUGGUGGAAAAGUGGAGUUCGACGCAGAAAAAUGUAAGAGCUUCAACCACAUGACCUGUGCCGAUGCGACUCACAAAGACCACUGUAUCGAGCCAUGGUGUAAGUGGGACAACGAUGCGUGUACUGAUGGGUACUCGCAUGGAGAAGCUGCGGGACAGUAUGCUGAAACGGAAGGAGGAGGUGGAGAUGAAGAUGGAGGAGGGGGCGAAAAAGAGGCAAAAGGGGGCGAAGGAGAAACGGAAGAACGAGCAGGAGAGCCCGCGGCGGAGGAAGACAAUGCUGGUGGUGGAGAAGCAGAACCUUCUGCGGGAGCAGCCCAGGAAGGUGGUGGUGAACAAGACGAGUCUUCUGCGGGACCAGCAGGCAAAGAAGCAUCUUCAGCAGAAGAUAAAGCCACACCAGAAAAAGAAGGCGACUCUGCAUCGGCGCCAGGAGCAGCGGAUGAAACUCCCGCUUCACCAAAUGCUGGUGGGGAAGCUACUGCAGACGAAUCGAAAGGACAAGACGGUGAAUCAGCACCAGCAGCCCCAGCGGCAGCAGGAGAACCACCUUUCGAAGAACCGAAGGCCACGGAUCCAGCGGACGUCGCCGGCACAACUGCCGCUGAGACCUCCACACCAGCACCAACAAGUCCACCUCCAGCUCAUGAGGAGACACGAGCUGCAGAUCAGACACCAGCUGCGGGGGAGACACAUUCAGCUGCAGACGAAACACCGCAAGAGUCUACAGCGGUGACUCCAGGUGCAGGGAAAACACCGGCUGCAGAGGGGAAUCCAGCUGCAGCGGAGGCGCCAACAGAGUCUCCAGCCCCAGCAGCCGCGCCAGAAGCUGAAGCAGAGCCUGCAGCCCCGACGCCUUCGCCUGCUGAGAAUCAGGCUAGCGAUGCUGCCGCUCCUCCACCACCCUCUGCAGAUAAAUAG